AUGGAGAUUACCGGUCCGGUUGAUUUAUGCCGUGAAGAAGCUAGACAUGACUCUGAGCUAGACACCAGUAUCAAUCAAGUGAAUGUAUGCACCAAUGAUUUGGUUAGUAAGACUUUGUCUACACACUCUGAUUCUCGAGCUUUCUUUGUUGCGUUCGUCCCUAACAUAAACUCUUGUCAGGUUGUUAAAAUAGACAUGCUUAACUCUGUUAUGGACACGAACAAAGUCGAGGACUUAACUAAAAUUCAAAGCUAG